AACAAACGCGAUGCUUUGAGUUUCACAUGGAGUUUCACCACCAGGAGCGCGCUACUUUCGCGGCGAUUGUGAGAAGCGUUUGUUGAAUAUCUUGAAGCUGCUCGAACCUACUUAGUCAGUCCCGUCGGCUGCCGGUAUGCACUGCCCGCACGACUGUUCGCACGGUUCAGCGGCACCAUCGGUUCACCAAACACUGGAAGAACUAGAUUUCAGCAGGGGUCUCCUCGGCGCAGCCUCUGAUGGGGACUACAAAAAGGUGCAGUCACUUCUUCGGAAAGGCGCUCCUCCGGAUCAGGUGGAUAGUUACGGCUACAGUGCACUUAUCUAUGCCUGCAGGCAUGGACAUUCUGACGUAGUUGAACUGCUGCUCAAUCAUGGUGCGCUACCAAAUGCGCAGACCAACGGAGGUGCCACAGCCCUCCACCGUGCGUCUUACCAAGGGCACCUGAAAUGUGUGCGUUUACUCCUCAACAAAGGUGCAGACUGCACGCUAAUAGACAGUGAUGGCAAAACAGCCCUGCACAAGGCAGCAGAAAAUGGGCACGAGGAAGUCUGCAAAAUGCUCCUGCAAAAGUCCCCAAGCCUGCUUGAGGUGAAGGACAGUCGAGGGAGAACGGCAUUGGAAUGUGCACUUCCAAAGCAUUCACAACUUUCCGAGGUGCUUCGGUGACUGCAUCAAACGUGGACAAUGAUGGCAGAACAAAACACUUCGGCUGACUCGAACUUACUAUGUGUCGGUCCACCUGUGCAUGCCAUGGUACAUGAUGCUUACUGCAGGAAAACCUGUCACACCUAUUUGUGUUCAAGUCUGAUAUGUACCCCUCCCUCGAAGUUUAGCGUUAUUCACUUGCAAACACUUAUUCAACUGUGUAUGUACAGUUGCCGGGCUGUAAGUUGACAAAGCAGAACUAAUGCGAUUAAAGGAAACCGACCGAUUCUUUGGUGCAUUUGAUGCAAGCGUUAUUCACUUGCAAACACUUAUUCAACUGCGUCUGUACAGUUACUGGGCAGUAGGUUGACAAAGCAGAACCAAUGCGAUCAAAGGAAACUGACCGAUUCUUUCGUGCAUUUGAUGCAUGCAUUAAAGUGUGGCAUGACAUAAUAAGCUCCAUAUCCCAUGUCUCACGACCAAUUCCAAGUGUUUAUAAACUUUCUUAGCAGUAUGCAAAAAGAAACACCCAACGUAUUCAGGCAUUAAUGUCACCGAAUGCGAGUUUAAAAUUCUUGCUAGAUUGAAAUCGUUGAGCAGUCUUUGAGUUGAAGAGUGUGCCUGAUUCUGCCCCCUAGGUUCAAAGAAAAAUUGAAAAGUACUAAACAAGUACCGACUGUCAAUGUUCAGUGCAAAUCAUAUGUUCCCCUUCUUACUGAUGCCUUGUGCGCAUGUGCCAAAUAAAAAUUCUGAUCACAGUCA